AUGCAGCUCACAAACAUCCUCGGUCUUAUUGCCGCCCUUGCGGCCACGAGCGCAAAUGCUCUCCCCAACCCCUCCACCAUUGUAGAGCGCCAGUCACCCGGCAUCGGCAUAAUCCGUUUCUACGCGGGUUCCGGCUGCGAAGAGCCAUGGCUAGAGGACACUGUCUUCUUCCAAGGUGACAAGUGUCUCAGCAAUGAGUACACAGCACCGUAUGGUAGCUUCAGGGUACAAUCAAACGGAUUCACUAGAACAGCCCGCUUCUUCGUUAACCCAGUCUGCAAUGGCUUUGGACCUGGAAAUUACAUUGACGUUCUUCCCGGAGAGACUAAGUGCUUUGCUGGCAAGGUGACUUCGUAUAGCUUUCUAUAG